AUGGCAGGUGCUUAUUCCGUUACGGAACUUUUCAAACGAUUUGAAAAUGUAUGUUUUAAGUUAGUCCGAUCCACGGAGGAUCAAAUAACAAAGAAUUUGUUAGAAGGUGGCAUCAACACGAGACCAGCCAACAGUAAUGGAGUCUGGUGUCCCUUAUUGUUGCCGGCCAUUAUGCUUAUAUAUUGCUGGACUGACCAAGUCUCUAUGCUAUAUAAACUAACAGCAUUUAUUUCCCUCGGCCUGUUGACCUACAGUCUUCUAUUUGUACUAUUUCUAUCAACCUCACAUGUAGUCGUCACAGAUUCAGUGUACGGAGGCUGCUUGGCUUCCAGCUUAAUAGCUACAUUAGCUAUGUUUGCUGGUCUAAAACAAGGCUUAUUAUUUUCAUUAUCAAUAACUCUGUUGUCAACAAUACUGUUUGCGUCGCUACUAAGAUAUAGUUUGACGGAAUUUCACAAAACGUUCACUAUAGGUGAAGCGAUGAUUGUAUGUCAAUCUGUGGUACUGUUUGUGAUGAUGGCAUUUACUAAAUUCUUCUUCAGCAUAUCAGAUGGUGAUGAGGAAAUGGAUUUUGUUAAUAAUAUUGUGUAUACAGUUUUAUCAACAGUGGGUUUGAUUGUUGCAGUAUUAUAUCAUCUGAACGAUUCACAGAGGAAUUUAAAAGUUUUGUCAUAUAUACUGCUAUCGGCAGUUGCAUUUGUACUGCUCAUAUUGCAUACAUUACUCGGAAACAAUUCUAUUGAAAAAAUUCUCAAUUAUGUUUUCUAUCAGGGGAACAGGUCAAGAAUAUUUACAUUCUGGUUGAUACUGGUGUUAGUAGCAGUAUGUGCGUUAAUGUUUAGAACAAAACUAGCAAUUAAAGCGACCACUGUAACAAGGAAGACAUUCCAUAUUUUGGCAUCAUUAGUAUUCAUGUCCGGUAUAUUGUUAGACAUCCACUUGAUGUAUCUUGCUGCAGGAGUGGGACUUGCUAUACUGGUUUUUGUGGAGGCGUUACGUAAAUCCCGAAUUGAGCCAAUAUCUUCUGCAUUGCAAUCCGCAUUCGUUGUUUACUGUGAUGAAAAGGAUUGCGGGUCAUUCGCUAUGACUCCUAUAUAUCUUUACACUGGUCUGGCGUGUCCCUUAUUAUUGGUGCCGAGUGAAUCAUAUUUGGAUCGUCUGUCGGGUGUAUUAUCAGUAGGUGUGGGUGACACAGCGGCUAGCUGGUUCGGAUCUAACUACGGAUUUCAUAAAUGGCCAGAUAGUAACAGAUCCCUUGAAGGCACACUAUUUAAUAUUUUAUCACAAAUAGGAACUGUGUAUAUGCUCACGUUGUUUGGUCUGUUGAAUGAAGCGGAUUCAGUCUCAAGAACUUGCUUUUCGGCGUUAAUAUGUUCUUUAGUAGAAGCUCGGACUUCACAGGUUGAUAAUUUGGUGCUGCCUCUCGUCAUGCUGUUAGCGUAUCGAGCAGUGUGA